UUUCACGUAUUCCUUGUAUUUUCUAGUAAUCUCAAAGGCACGCGCUUGUUCGCCCCGAUGAGCAAUAACAAUAUUUAAGCAACGGGAACUUUUAAACAUCGUUGUAACUAAUGGCGCAAGUCCGCGCAAACACGGCCAUAUGUUCCUGUGUUCUGUCUCGCAUGACGUUUGCUAUCUGCUUUCGUGUAGGUUGUACCUUCUGACGGGUUAUUGUAGGUUACUGUAUUGGUACCCAUAGUUCGGACAGAGGAUUUAUAGCUGGGUGACAUCAAUUCUGUCGAACAGUCGCCGAUCGGCAUUGAAGCAAAAACAAUCAAUGAUUAUCAAGGUAGCUUAAAAAACCGUGAAAAAAAGUAUCAUUAUUUAAUUAACUCAAAAUUAUUGAAUGCAUCAAUGAGUGACGAUAUUAUAAAAAUUUUGUAAAAAUCUUUACAAUAUACGUUUACAAACAAGUGGCAUAAUUAAGCAGUUUAAUUAUCAAUAAUUAAAUAUAUACAAUGCAGUGGAUUUGUCUGUGCAGAAAGAUUCCAAUGAUUUCGCACUGUAAGGUGUUACGAAAAGUCCGCGAAAUUGAUAUGUACAAUUAACGAAAAUAAUUAAAAAAUUUAAUUUCAUACCCAACAGAAACUGUAUUAUCGGUGAAAAGUGACAAAUUCAUUUUCGCCGUAUUCUCGAAGUAACAAUUUAUUUAUUAUACUGAUAAAUUAAUAAAAAAUUUAUAUAAAAUGAGUGCAAUACUGGAAUCACAAUUGCUCAUUUAUUCUUACGAGGCACGUGUGAUAUAUCAAGCUAUAAUAUGGCCGAUUGUCGUGAUUGGAACAUUAGCGAAUUUGGGUGUCAUUUAUCGAAUAGCCUUCAUAUCUUGGACCAAGAAUUCUAUUCUUAGACCCUUCUACAGAGCCUUUAUAGUUUCUCUAGCACUAUCUGAUCUCUUGCUAUUGGUAUCAUCAGGCUCCAAUACACUGAGUUCGCAAUCCAACCGCGUCUUCCUUUGGUAUUUACCAGAUUGGGCUUGCACGGUGAUUCCAUUCUUUCAAACGGUCGCCGUCCUCACUAACUCAUUACUGCUUUCUGCCAUUGCAAUAGACCGGUAUACUGCAAUGAAACCGAAAUAUCCAAUAUCCAAAGGAAUUAAAUGGCCUUACGCAAUUCUUUUUGUCAUCCUCGUGUGGUCCAUCUCUGCCGCAGCAUCCCAUACACUUAUAGGUGCAUACAGUGCCGAGACAAUAAUUGUGAUAAAUAAUUCCAGCUACUACAGAGCCAAAUUGUGCACGAAUUCUUCUAGCAGACACAUAAUAUCCACAACCUAUGCUGUAUUGUUCGCUGUCAUUUUUCUACCGCUGGCUAUUGUUUUCGUUACUGUGUAUAUUUUACUUGCGUUAAAUAUAUGGAAACGUCGCAGUCCCGGCGAGAGAUCCCAAUUGGGUAACAGUAGCGAUUCUCAAUUUACGGAUACUUCCACUGCAUCAACCAGUGCCAGUAAUCGGGGACAGUCAAGCUUUCGUCGACCAAUGCCAACGCCUGCUCACGUGACACGCAAAAAGAGAACUGUCAAAAUGAUUUUGUUGUUGAUCAUAAUAUUCGUUAUGUCUAAAUUACCUCACUGGAUCUUUUUACUGUACAAACUUUAUGCCACGAUCAAUGGAAUAUUCUGGUGGCAUCUUCAGACUAUCCUGACAAUUUUGUCCCUCUUGAAUUCUGUGGUAAAUCCUUUCCUUUAUGCAUUUCUCAACGAGGCUCUUUCACUCUGCAGUUGGAUCGGAUCCUGCUGUUCCAGAAAGGACACAGCCAAUCUGGUUACAACUGCUACUGAAAAGCGCAGGAACAGCAUAACGAGUAUAAAAGUACCUAGAGGUCCUUAUUCAAACUGAGAGUAUUUUUAAGAAUUUUUAUCACGUAGCAAAAUAAUGAAGAUAAAAUAA